AUGCAUACCCUAAACAUCACAGAACUGUGCUACCAUACCAACUUACCAAUAUGCGACGAAACAACACAAUCAAAAGACAACAGCUCAUCACUUAUGAAGACACAUUUUCCAGCUAUAAUCAUUGCAUGUUUUGCAUUUGCGUUGAAUAUCACCGAAAUAAUAUACAUUACAUCGCAAAGGCGAAAACGAGCUGCUACUGAAUAUUUACUUCUCAGUUUUGCAAUGGCUGACUCGUUGUACAGUUUCGACGUAUUUGUAGGUAUGUCCUUGAUCAUAGUUGGAAAGAAGUAUGAUUUCUUUGAUGUUAGCAUGAUUGUAGUAAUCGGCUAUCAAAUUGCACAGUUCACUAUAUAUGCAUCUAUCUUUCACGUGUUGUUUAUUUCAUUGGAGAGACUAGCAGCUGUCGUAUUUCCUUAUAAAUAUAAACUGUUCAUGAGGACUGAUCGAAUUAAAAUUGUCAUAUACUUUCUUUGGUUGCUGACUGCAUUACUGCAAGGAACAAUGGCAGCUGUAGAAUACCGCGACGGACUUUAUGAAUCAAGUCAUCACGAAGAUACUGUAUUACAUACAGCAAGCGGUAUCACAUUUUGUGCUGGUAUAUUCCUCUUUGGUGUUUAUGGGUACAUCUUUUAUGCCAUCAUUAAGCGAUCAAGGUACAUGCGAAGAACAAGCGUAGAUGUAAACCCAUUUCAAACUAGACGUCACAAAGCAGAAAUUAUCGCAUGUGUUACGGGUUUAAUCGUUUCUGUUGGUUUCAUUGUGUUUUCGUUUCCAUUAGCGAUCUCAUUUUGUUUGCCUCACUCAAACUUCGCCAUACGCGUUUCAAUAGCUGCCCAUUUCUUCCUCAUUUUUAAUUCGGUAUUCAAUCCCUUGGUUUACUUCUGGAGAGGGCAGUUUAUAAAAGUCAUGAAAAGGAAGUCCAAUAGAAGAAAAGAGAAAAAGCAGUUAAAAGAUGUUGACUUGUCAACUGUUUCGCCACGAAAUAACACAAGGUACAAUGUUUCAACCAUUCAGUUAAGUAACAUUAUGUACGCCAGUACUUUGAGUGUGAUCAACGCAUCGAUGCCUGAAUCGUCGCGUCAUCCACGAUUAUAUAAAAACAAAACAAAUAUGGUUAUUGAUUAUUUUCGAACUGCAAAAAUACUGCAAAUGACAAUAAGAAACUGA